GCUCGCUUCUAGAACCCAAAUGAAUGUAACCCGUCAGUGCACGACAGCCCUGCGAUCCUCGAAUCCACCGCUCCGACCACCGGAGUUGCAGCGCCUACUGUGCCUGUUAAAGACCACCUGACGCUCUGACCUGAGUGAGACGGGACAACAGAGACGAGCAGAGAGCAAAGGAAAAGCAUCAACAGCUCUGCGCUGCGCCGCCGUGGAGGAUCUCAGUCGUGGGAGCAGCAGCGACGCCGAAUUCGGCUACUGAAGAAACUUUUCUGUUGGUCGACAGCAGCGACGGCAUUGGGGGCUACCAGAGGGGAGAUGGCCAAGAUACAGUGCCCGGAAUUGUGCAAAUACACCGGCGUCUACGAGGCGAGGAAGAGGCAGUCGCUGAGGGCGCGGUACUUCUACGGGCUCAUCUUCUUCGCCACCAACCUGCUGGCCUGGUUCAUCAGGGACUACGGGGCCAAGGUCUUCCACGGCCUGCACCAUAAUUCGGUUUGUGGAGCGGGGGACUCGAAAUGCUUCCAGUCUGGAGGGGUGCUUCGGGUGAGCUUGGGGUGCUUCAUAUUUUUCUGGUUGAUGUUUGCCACAACAUUUGGAACUCGUAAGCUCCAGGGAGUUCGUAAUUCGUGGCACUCUGGAUGCUGGCUUCUCAAGUUUCUUGUGUAUGCCGUGUCGAUCAUCGCCCCAUUUGUCAUCCCUAACAUAUUCAUCCAACUUUACGGUGAAAUUGCUCGAAUGGGUGCCGGGAUAUUUCUCAUUCUCCAGCUUAUAAGCAUGCUCCACCUGAUAUCGUGGUGCAAUAAACGUUGGAUGCCAGAUCCUGGAUCAAAUCAAUGUGGCCUGUUCGGAUUGUUCUUGUCAACUGUCGCCUUCAUUGCCUCAUUUGCGGGAGUGGCUGUGCUAUAUAUUUUGUAUGUUCCAAACUCGUCAUGUGUGUUCAACAUCUUCACUAUUAUAUGGACAGCUAUUCUAGUGAAGAUAAUGAUGGCGGUGUCACUACAUUCCAAGGUUAACGAGGGUCUUCUAUCUUCUGGUAUCAUGGGCUCUUAUAUUGUGUUCCUCUGUUGGUCUGCACUACACAGCGAACCGCGAACAGGGAAGUGCUACACUGAGAUGAAAAUUGGCAAGGAUGGUAAUUGGGCUACUAUAAUUAGCUUCAUUAUUGCAAUUUGCUCCAUUGUGAUGGCCACAUUUUCUACUGGAGUCGAUAGCAGAUCCUUUCAAUUUCGAAACGACGAGAUGCAAUCAGAAGAAGACGUCCCUUACAGCUACGAGGUUUUCCACAUUGUGUUUGCAGUGGGAGCUAUGUAUUUCGCAAUGUUAUUCAUAAGCUGGGAGCUUAAACAUCCAAUAACAAAAAAGUGGAGCAUAGAUGUUGGAUGGGCUAGCACAUGGGUAAAGAUCAUGAAUGAAUGGUUGGCAGCUUGCAUAUAUGUUUGGAGACUGGUCUCGCCAGCCCUAUUGAGGAAGCAACCUACAAGUGAUUUAGAGUCCGUGACACGUAACCCAACAAUAUAGUCUUAAUGGUAGCUAAUUAUUUCUGACCAACUUUCCGUAACUCAAUUCAUACCUUGUGCACAUAUACAGCACAAAAUGUGGAAGUGUAUUCUUCGAAGUCACAUAUUAGAGCCACACAACAGUGUGUGAAGUUUUGUUCAAGUAGUACUCGAACGUGUACUGCAAGUUAUAAGCAAGGCCUUUACUGCCAUCAAGUUCUUAUUUCAAUAAAUAAAUAAAAAUGUUAUCUAUGUUCA